AUCAUCCGCAGCAACACAGUUAAAUUUUCGUAAAUAACUAAAAAACUUGUUAGUUUCGGGUUAAAAUAAACUUAAAAUAUAAAAGAAGCAAACUACAACAAAAUGGUACGACGUGGACGUUCUGCUAGCCCCCCACCAUCAGCCAGACGCGCACCGCCGCAGGCUCGCGCCGCCCCACCACCACAGGCACAUGUGCCCGCACGUGCCGCGCCACCACCGGCGGCACCCAUGGCCGCCGCACCACCCAGCGCCGUUGGCAUGCCGGCACCACAGCAGCCAUCGAUGUUCCAGCAAAUGGCUGCCACCGCUGGAGGCGUUGCCGUUGGCUCAGCGAUUGGCCACACCGUCGGCCAUGGAUUGACGUCCAUGUUCAGCGGCUCUGGCGAUAAGGAGGCCGCAGCGCCAGCCGCUGCCGCGCCAGUUCAACAGCAGCAGCAGCCAUACUAUGCGCAGCCGGCACAGGGUGCCAAUGAGCCACAGGGUGCAUGCGCCUGGGAAAUUAAACAGUUCCUGCAAUGCGCCCAGGGUCAAUCGGAUCUGUCGCUGUGCGAGGGCUUCAAUGAGGCGCUCCGACAGUGCAAGGUGCAGCAUCAUCUCCAAUAAAUGACAACUAGAACAUCAACAACAAGAAAAUCG